GGGAUAAGCGCGCUGCUUCUCGAAUCCGUUUAGUUAAAAAAUACGUUUAGAAUGAAGGGUUACUUCGAUUUAACUACAGUGCCCCCACGAUGUCUUCUAUACAAACGCUUCAUAGUUCGUCAACGACGAAAAAGAAACGGGAUUUGGCUUAGAAAAUCUUCUGAUUUGGACGCAGUAUCACGUGACCCACACGGGAUUUUUGCCGUUUGGUAAAGAUGGCGGCAGGUAGUUAGCAAACAAGCGUAGACAAGGAGGAACAUUCUCACUACUGCAGAGACAAGUGGGAGCCUCGAACACCGUCAAAUGAUGGAUCCUGGACAGGAUUUGCUUUUGGCGGCCUUGAGCGAAAGCGGAAUCUGCCCAAAUGACCUUUUUGACCUCGACCCACAGGACCCUGUGCCUCAACAGUCAGUAUCCGUCAGCGCGCUGGAUGGAGUUAGUUUGGCAGCCGAGGCUGCUGGGAUAGUCCGGCUGGAGCCUGCUCAACACCCCACCCCCACAAUCACAAUCAGACAGAAGCCUCAGCCAUCGACCACAACGUUUGUCUUAAACCAGCUCAACCAGCUGCCCUCGCUGGGCACCAUUGUGGUCACCAAACCCGGCUCGGGCUCCACGGCUCGGCAGACCAUCACAGUGACGAAGGUGGUGCAUGCGAGGGGGAUGGUCUCGGCUACGCAUGCGCCCGUCUGCUCUGUGGUGCCUCCCAACCGGGAGCAGGUGAAGCUGAAGGACCUGCUGAAGCAGGGCAACCUGAAGACCAGCAGCCUGGGAGAACUCAUGAAGCUCAAACCGCCAGCGGACAUCGCCCCGCCGGUUGCCACAGCGACAGCUGCGAGCACAAAAAUAAUUGUGGUCUCUUCCAAGAUGAUGAAUAGAGCAGUGGAGUUAAACAACGGUGUGAAGAAAGAGGUGACCAGCAAAGACGUGGCCAGAAUCUGGGUGAACGAGGACCUGAAGAUGCGUAGCUUUUCUCCCACCAAUAUACCGCACAUUAAAGAUGAAGAGGAGCCAGAGGAGGAGGAAGAGGAGGAAUUGGGCCAUGCGGAGACGUAUGCGGAAUACAUGCCGAUGAAAUUGAAGACAGGCCUGCGGCACCCUGACCCGGUGGUGGAGACCAGCUCGCUGUCCAGCGUGAAACCUCCGGACGUGUGGUACCGCAUGAUCGUCCCUGAGGAGACCAUUGACCGCGGCUGGCUGUCCGCUCUGCAACUGGAAGCCAUCACAUAUGCCAGCCAGCAACACGAAACAUUCCUUCCCAACCAAGACCGAGCGGCCUAUCUGAUAGGGGAUGGGGCUGGAGUUGGGAAAGGGAGAACCAUCGCUGGGAUAAUUUACGAGAACUACCUGCUGGGGAGGAAACGCUCCCUCUGGUUCAGCGUCUCCAAUGACCUGAAGUACGACGCAGAGAGAGAUCUGAGGGACAUUGGCGCCAAGAACAUCUCAGUCCACUCGCUGAACAAGUUUAAAUACGGGAAGAUUUCCUCAAAACACAACGGCAGUGUGAAGAAAGGUGUGAUUUUUGCCACGUACUCUUCCCUCAUCGGAGAAAGCCAGUCAGGUGGGAAGUACAAGACCAGGUUUAAGCAGCUGCUGCAUUGGUGUGGUGAUGACUUCGACGGAUGUAUUGUAUUUGAUGAAUGCCACAAAGCCAAAAAUGUUUGCCCCAUUGGGUCUUCAAAACCCACAAAGACCGGUUUGGCUGUGCUGGAGCUUCAGAACAAAUUACCCAAAGCCCGGGUGGUGUAUGCUAGCGCCACAGGUGCGUCUGAACCGCGGAACAUGGCCUACAUGAACCGUCUUGGCAUCUGGGGUGAAGGAACGCCCUUUAAGGAGUUCACCAACUUCAUUCAAGCAGUGGAGAGGAGAGGUGUCGGUGCCAUGGAGAUUGUUGCCAUGGAUAUGAAGUUGAGAGGAAUGUACAUUGCCCGGCAGCUGAGCUUUCAGGGUGUGACGUUUAAGAUUGAAGAAGUCCCUUUAUCCAAUGACUACAUCAAGAUGUACAACAAGGCAGUACGACUGUGGGUGAGCGCCCGGGAGAAGUUCCAGCAAGCUGCCAACCUCAUGGACGCGGAGCAGCGCAUGAAGAAGUCCAUGUGGGGCCAGUUCUGGUCUGCACACCAGCGCUUCUUCAAGUACCUCUGCAUCGCCUCAAAGGUGCGCCGAGUCGUGCAGCUCGCCCGUGACGAGGUCAAGAAUGGAAAGUGUGUGGUGAUCGGUCUUCAGUCGACAGGAGAGGCCCGAACACUGGAGGCUUUGGAGGAGGGAGGAGGAGAGCUCAACGACUUUGUGUCCACUGCUAAGGGUGUGUUCCAGUCUCUAGUGGAGAAGCACUUUCCUGCUCCGGACAGACAGAAGCUCUUUAGCCUGCUGGGUAUUGAUCUGCCCUCCAAGAAACCCCCGCCAGCCAACAACAAUGCCCAGGACCAGAAGGGCACCAAGAGAAAAGGUCAAGAGGUCAAGAAGGAGACGAAGAGAAAGCGGCGGUCGGGAGGGCUGUCAGGAAGCAGCAGCUCAGAGGAGAGCCAAUCAGACGUGUCGGACCAGGACGCAGAGAGCAACGACAGCUUCAAAUCGGUCAGCUCUGGGGAGGAGGAUGACUUCAACCCCUUCAGGGACGAGUCCAGUCAGGAUGAGGAGGAUGAUCCUUGGCUCAUCCGGAAGGACUCCAAGAAAAGCAAGGAGAAAAAGGGCAAGAAGAAGAGGAAGAGCAUCGACCCCGACUCCAUUCAAAGUGCCUUGCUGGCGUCAGGGCUGGGCUCCACCAGGCUGACCUUCACCACACCCGUCGCCAAAGUGCCCGCAGUCGCCGCCCCAGCAGCUAAAACGGAGAGUGAUGGCUGUGUGACCAGCCAGGAUGCAGUGGAGGAUGCCCAGCAGAUGAAGCGCCACCUGCUGGAUGACUUGGAGAAGCUAGCCGAGUCGCUGCCCCCCAACACGCUGGACGAGCUGAUCGACGAGCUUGGGGGCCCGGAGAAUGUUGCUGAGAUGACGGGACGCAAAGGCAGGGUGGUCAGUAAUGACGACGGCAGCAUCUCCUACGAGUCGCGCUCCGAGCUGGAUGUUCCCGUGGAGAUCCUGAACCUGACAGAGAAGCAGCGCUUCAUGGAUGGAGAGAAGAAUAUUGCCAUCAUCUCGGAGGCGGCCAGCUCUGGGAUCUCUCUGCAGGCCGACCGCAGGGUGAAGAACCAGAGGAGGAGAGUGCACAUGACCCUGGAGCUGCCCUGGAGCGCAGACCGGGCCAUCCAGCAGUUCGGCCGAACACACAGAUCCAAUCAGGUCACAGCGCCAGAAUAUGUGUUCCUCAUCUCUGAGCUGGCAGGAGAACAGCGAUUCGCCUCGAUUGUUGCCAAAAGACUGGAAAGCUUGGGUGCGCUGACCCAUGGGGACAGAAGAGCAACAGAGACCCGAGACUUGAGCCGGUUCAACUUUGACAACAAAUAUGGAAGAAACGCGCUGGAGAUCGUCAUGAAGUCCAUCGUCAACUUGGACUCUCCCCUGGUCUCCCCUCCUUCAGAAUUUGAAGGGGAUUUCUUUAAAGAAAUCCGCAGUGGCUUAAUAGGCGUGGGACUGAUCAACAUCGAGGAUCGGUCCCGAAUCCUGACGUUGGACAAAGAUUAUAACAACAUUGGGAAGUUCCUUAACCGGAUUCUUGGUAUGGCGGUCCAACAGCAGAAUUCUCUCUUCCAGUACUUCGCUGACACACUAACAGCUGUCAUCUCGAAUGCCAAGAAAAAUGGACGUUAUGACAUGGGAAUUCUGGAUUUGGGCUCAGGGGAUGAGAAGGUGAGGAAGGUCAACAUGAAGAAGUUCCUGACCCCUGGAUACUCAACCUCAGGACACGUGGAGUUGUACACUGUGAGCGUAGAGAGAGGGAUGUCAUGGGAAGAUGCCACCCAUAUCUGGGCAGAACACAAUGGCACUGAUGAUGGCUUCUAUGUGCAGGUGAGGAACAAUAAGAAAACUGCCCUCCUGGUCACGGAGGUCAACAGCAAGAAAAAGCUCUUCCUUGUCUACAGGCCAAACACAGGGAAGCAACUUAAACAAGAGACGUACGCCGAUAUCCGGAAAAAGUGUAAAAAGGUGCUGUCAGAUGAUGCCAAGCAACACUGGAUAGAUCAGUACAACUCCUCAGCAGAAAUCUGUGCUCAUGCUUUCUGGCGCGGAAACUGUAGGAAGGCAUCGGCGGGGAUGCAGUGUGAGAUCGGGCUGCGCUGCAGGACCUACUUUGUUCUGUGCGGUUCCGUGCUCAGCGUGUGGACCAAAGUGGAGGGAGUGCUGGCCUCCGUCAGUGGAACCAACGUCAAAAUGCAGAUCGUUCGUUUGAGAACGGAGGACGGGCACAGAAUCGUUGGCUUGUUGAUCCCAGCCAACUGCGUGUCCCCUCUGACCAACCUCUUGUCGUCGUCGGACCAGUCGCAGCAGCUGGCCGUCCAGCAACAGCAGAUGUGGCAGCAGCUGCACCCUCAGAGCCUAAGCCACUCCGCCAACACAUAGCCCCAACCCCACCUCACCCUCCUUUCUCCUGCAGCCGGCAGGCACCGGACUUUUACCUUCCUCCCCACCCUUGAACUUUCACCUCUGGCCCUAGCCGACUCCUCGUGUCGUUGCUGCUGCUGCAGGAGGGCUUUGUCUCAGUCAGACAAGAGACUUCAGGGUUCUGUUGAGUCUGGGUUCCGAGUGGACUGAGCGGGAGUAGGUUCCCAACCUGUUCCGCCAAGGGCAGCGAGAAAGGCUGCAAAGAGUGCUGCCCAGCCUGUGGUAGUGUUGCCCCCGCCGCCGCUGCCUCCUCCUCCUCUGACUUUUGAACAUGUGACCUCUGUAGCAGGAUGUGGCACCUCUGCUGGCCCCGAUAGCCUGCUCCACUGCACCCUCAUGACACUGACAGCUCCACACUCAGGGGAUUCACUACAUGAACAUCAUCUCUCUUUCCUGAAUACGCAAAAGAAGUUUGGCAUCAGAGGUGCCCAAAGCACGCAUGCCCACCCACCCACCCUCUCUACAUAUCUUACCUCGCUCUUUUUUUUUUGUUCCCCAUCAGCAUGCUCCUGGAGAAAAAAAGCGGUGGGGGAGGGGGGGGAGCGGUUGGAGCUUCUUCAUCGUGGGAAGUGGAGAACUGUGACUGCAUGGCAAGUUUUCAGUUUUCCAAGUCGAGGGCUGAAUGAGUUUGAUGUGAUUGUGUUGUGGGUGCGAGCCAGCAAGCAAGAAAGCACGCAGAAGUCCCUGUUCAAACUGGAACCUCUUCAAUGCAGGGCUCGGAUGCUGCAGCAGAGCGCCUCCGACAAGCGUGUUUUGUGCGCCAAGGGAACUUAAGCGCGAGCUCCUGUUUUCUUUCUCCUAAUUUUUCUUUCCUCCAUUUUCAGAGUGCUGUAUAUGUGGACCGGGUAGGGCUCAUCUAGGUUGCUUUUUUUGCUAUACCAAUGUGUAUAGGUGCAUAUCUUACAAAAAAUGUAAUAAAACAAAAAAAACCCAACAUGUUUUGCUUAAAAUGUUAGAUGUUAAACACUUGAAGGACAAUGUCAUUUCAUCCUUGCACGAGUUGCACUACUGACUGAUUUGAUGUACAAAGACUAAUAGAAUAAACCGUGCAAGAUUUCUACCUCUUGCAUAUGACCAAUAAAACUCCUUGUGAACAAA